AUGAGCGCGACUCCUCGCAUGCGCUACGGCGCAUUUCCCCAAACGCCCGAUACAGCUCAGAGAGCUCCACGAACCGAUGGCGCUCCCGACGCCAAGCCCAUUCGCGUGCGCGCGCCGCUCACCGACAUCAACAUCAUGAACAAAAACCCGGCCGACGACGGCACCGCUCCUCUCGUGUCUACCGACGUCAUCCCCGCUCCGACACAGCGCCUCUACGCCUUCUUCCUCUACGGUGCCCUUCUGGCAUGGCGGGCUUACGACUUCAUAAAUUUGCACAACGAGGAAGCCGACUCAUUAUGGCUGUUCAUGAAGUGGGUCAUGAUAGACGGGCUCUUCCUGUUCGGCCUGCCCGUGCUGAGAAUACCAUGGCUGGAGUGGUCCACCCCGACCAUGGUCUUUUUGUUUCUUGUGCACGCGUUAGUCGACGGCAUGCUUAUGUUCAGGAUCGGCUUGCCCAUCACGUCGUUCCUGACCGGCCUCUUCAAGCUCGUCUACGACCGCGAAUUGGCUAUCGAGGAACACAACGUUGACCCGUGGACGGUCUUGCACAACGAGUCGCUCAUUCUGGGUAAACAGGUCAUUCAUAUCCUUCCGGAGGGUUCCGCUGUGCUCAACCCGAACCAGGAUUCCUUUUGCCUGGGCGGCUCGACCAAGGAGAUCAAAAUCCCUAUCCAGAUCAACCAGACCACUCCCAUGCUCAUCGAAAUCCUGCGUUUCGACCUGGACAAUGGCGGCAACGAAACCAUUUCGCUGUCGCAUAAACAGGUCAAGAAUCUUGUAAAGGAAGCAAAGAAGGCCAAAAAGACGCAUUUACCCGAGGAGCCUUUGCUGCUGCAUCACAGCGUCAAGAAAGCAGGUUACUACAAGCUCAACAGGGUCAUCGACGAAUCCAAACUCGAGGUUCAGACGCGGGUAUCGGAAGCAAUGGUGGUUUCCUGUCCAGAAGCGCGCAUUAAACCCAGCAGCAAAACUCGCUGCAAGGGUGAAACCGCGGAUAUUGGCAUUGUCGUCACUGGCACUCCCCCGCUCCAGCUCAAGUACCGCAGAAUGGUGGAAGGAAGGGAGCGUGAGGCCCACAGUGAAUUCCUCCAGCCGGAAGAUUACGUUUCGCCGCUUUCUCGCUACCAACUUUACGACGCUGUGGUGCAAAGUGGACAGGUUGACGUUUCCUGGGCUCGCACUCAUUCUAUCGAGCUCUCGCUUAGUGAUGGCCUUUCUCAGUCUGGUCUAUGGUCGUACUACGUGGAUGAGGUUACCGACGCCUUGGGCAAUGCUGUCAAAUACUCGCCCGAAAUCGAAGAAGGAGAAACUCUCAAGCUGGACGAGAAACUGCACCGCAACUUUUACGUCUACGAACGGCCGACGAUCAGCCUACAUGGUUGCGACUCGCAGCAUCCUCUCCGGGUUGCCAAGGGUGAGAAGGUUUCCCUCCCGAUCCGCUUUGCCUCGACGGCUGCGAGCCGGGAGGCUUUGCUGGAGUCACCGCACACGAUCCAGUACAUGUUCACUCCGGAACACGAGCUGUCUUCAGAUGGAGAGCACACCGCCGCAAACAGGACUGAGCGCCAAGUUAUCAAGUCGACAAACCAAAAGAUCCCGAUUUACAAGAGCGGUCUCUACACAAUCAAGUCUGUUUCUACAGACAACUGCGAUGGAGAUGUUGAAGAGCCUGCAUCGUGUCUCCUCCUGAAUCCACCAGAGCCCGAUCUGGACAUCGCCAGUGCUCCGAUCUUCGACAAGUGCGCGAACAGGCCUCUAGGUCUACGGGUGAACCUCGACCUAAUCGGUACCCCGCCUUUCAGGGUCAUGUACUCGAUGCAAAAGAAGGAUGAAAAGAAUAAGCAAACAAUGUACGUGGAUGUCGCAGGACUCAGGGGCCAGGUGGAGAUUAUGCCUCCAGAGGCAGGUCAUUACACGUACGAGUUUACGAGCGUCAGCGACGACGUCUACAAGGGUCACUCACUCAAAAGCAAGAACCUUGUGCUGGAGCAGGAUGUCAAGCCGUCAGCGUCCGCACACUUUGUUUACGCACCAGCCAAGACGGAGGCCUGCAUCGACGAACCUGUUACGUUUGGCGUCAAGAUGCAGGGCGAGGGCCCAUGGACGCUCGAAUAUGAGCUUGUGCACGCACGCAAGAGGACCAAGAGAGAGAUUGUUGGUAUCCAAACCGAAACCUUCACUAUCACUACGGAUCCUCUCGAUCAGGGUGGUGAAUACACCUUGGCGCUCGCAAGUGUUACGGAUGCUGUUGGCUGCAAGGAGUUCUUGAAGGAAGAGGCUAAGAUCAGCGUUCGUCACGAGCGUCCCAAGGGCUACUUUGGCCAGGUCGAAGGCAGGCGUAGCAUACGCACUUUGGAGGGCAAGCGAGUGGCGCUCCCCAUGCGUCUCACCGGAAAGGCGCCGUGGGAAGUCAAGUACAAGAACGCUCAGGAUCCCGACGACCCUGUCCACACGAGCAAGCUCAACAGCGCAAACGACUUCCUUGACGUGGAUGGCAAGGGCCUGUAUGAGCUUCUUGACGUCCGCGAUGCUAUCUGCCCUGGUUCCGUCGACCCUGCUGCGAAGAUAUUCGAAGUCAGCUUGAUUCCCAGACCAACUCUCAGGAUCCCGGAGAGCUCCACGGUCACAUUCGAUGGAGGAAAGUACAUCAGACAGGAAAUUUGCGAAGGCGACCAGGACAGUCUCGAUGUCGCUCUCACCGGCAGUCCCCCAUACACCAUCAAAUACGAGCACCAUGCUCCCGGCUCUGGAUACCAGGUCAAGGCAAUCAACGCGGCGCUUAAUAUCGCCUCCGUUUCAAUGGACACUUCCAGACCGGGUGUCCAUCAAUACAAAUUCACUGAGCUGGCCGACAACAACUACGACCACAGCCCGAGAUCGUUCCAACAGAUCAAGGUGGACCAGUUGGUCAACCCUCGCCCGACCGCCAAAUUUAAGAGCCCCGGCAAAACAUACAGCUACUGCAAUACCGAGGAAGAUGGCGAGGAAGUCAUUCCGAUCGAGUUCACUGGUCUUCCUCCAUUCCACCUGGAAGUCGAUCUCAAGCAUGCAGGCUCCAACAGGGCUGAGACGCUGUCCUUCCCCAAUAUUCCCUCUACAGCGCACAACAUCAGGAUCCCUCACCGCCACCUUCACCUGGGCAUGUCCAGCCUCACAAUUCGCAAGGUGCGCGACGCGCGCGGGUGCCGCAACAAGCCAGCUCUCUCCUCAGCCAGCCGAGAUGCGCCGCGGGUGCAAAUCGCCGUGCACAACGCGCCAUCCAUCGUCCCGCUCGACACUCGCACCGACUUCUGCGUCGGCGACCGCUUGUCGUACGCGCUGUCGGGCGCCGUGCCGUUCUCCGUCUUCUACACGUUCAACGGCGCCACGCUCAAGGCCGUUUCCCAGGGCACCACCUUCCGCCGCCUGGCAGAGAAGCCGGGAGCGUUCGCCAUCACAAGCAUCACGGACAGCGCGAGCCAGUGCCGCGCCAACACGCAUUUGUCCGCCACCAUCCACGAGAUGCCGUCGGUCCGCGUUUCCCGCGGUAAGGAGACGCGCGUGGAUAUCCAUGAGGGCGGCGAGGCGGAGAUUCUGUUCGAGUUUGGAGGCACGCCGCCGUUCGAGUUCACGUACACUCGCUCGACGAACGCUCGCCCUGGGCAGCGGAGUAGGGUGCUCGAGACGAGGACGCUGACGAGCGGCGAGUACAGCAUGCGCAUCAAGGCGAGCGAGGAGGGUACGUAUGAGGUCAUUAGCAUCAGGGAUGCGUGGUGCAGCUUCAGCAAGAAUCCGGACGGAAGUACAGGUGGAUACAUGGAGGACUAUGUCGUGGGCAGCAGCAGUGGACGCAAGGCAGUGAAGGGCGGAAAGGGGCAAAAGAAGUUGGGGUAUUAG